AUGCCCUGCACUACUCUGGUCACCUCAACCUACCACAUGUCCUGCACUACUCUGGUCACCUCAACAUACCACAUGCCCUGCACUACUCUGGUCACCUCAACCUACCACAUGUCCUGCACUACUCUGGUCACCUCAACAUACCACAUGUCCUGCACUACUCUGGUCACCUCAACCUACCACAUGUCCUGCACUACUCUGGUCACCUCAACAUACCACAUGUCCUGCACUACUCUGGUCACCUCAACAUACCACAUCUCCUGCACUACUCUGGUCACCUCAAUCUACCACAUGUCCUGCACUACUCUGGUCACCUCAACCUACCACAUGUCCUGCACUACUCUGGUCACCUCAACCUACCACAUGUCCUGCACUACUCUGGUCACCUCAACCUACCACAUCUCCUGCACUACUCUGGUCACCUCAAUCUACCACAUGUCCUCAACUCUGGUCACCUCAACCUACCACAUGUCCUGCACUACUCUGGUCACCUCAACCUACCACAUGUCCUGCACUACUCUGGUCACCUCAACCUACCACAUGUCCUGCACUACUCUGGUCACCUCAACCUACCACAUGUCCUGCACUACUCUGGUCACCUCAACCUACCACAUGUCCUGCACUACUCUGGUCACCUCAACAUACCACAUGUCCUGGUCACCUCAACAUACCACAUGUCCUGCACUACUCUGA